AUGGCUGCUGCAGGCGUGUGCCGGCGGCUCGCCCAACCCACCCACCACUAUUACAAACAAUUGUGCUCUUUGGUGCCAUACACAAGCCGCCGGACCCACUGCGCCGACCUGGAGAACAGCCGGCCAGCCUUUGACGAGGGGUUGAUUCUGGGUACAGCGCACAGAUGCGAGCUGCCGCAUACAGUUGAUCCAUCGUCGUUGCUAAACGCUGUCUGCCUGUGCCUGGCUAUUUUUGACCGGCCAAACAUCGCAAGGUUCCGAUUACCGGGCCACUUCAACCUCGAAUUACCCAGCGACAGCGACGAGCACGAUCCGGCCGAUCCCAGCCAGGGCCCAAGGAAUGAUGACGCAGCCGAAAGAGAGCACGUGCUAGUAGACGGAGAUGAAUCCGGAAACACAGCGCGCAUCGUAGUCGAUGGGUCGUGCAUCGGGUCACCAACCCAAAGUUCCUCGGACUCUCGCACAUAUUGCCCGGCCAGAAUCAGCGCCAGCUCAUACGCCUGUGAUUCUAGUACUUUUUGUGGAUGCAGCAGUGCCACGCUGAAUGUCGAGCCCGAUCCAGCGGUGUCGAUGAUAUAUGCAUCAUUUUCUGAGAAGUAUGCUGCUGCAUGA